CGUCUUACUUAUCAUAACGCCAGAGGGUUAUGAUGUUUGGCAGCUGUAGUGGUGGAGCUGACAGUGACGGUAGUUUAAUGAAUCGGUUAAUAAGCCCAUAAACAAAAGGAUCAUUACUCCAUCACGUCACACUGAUCUCUCCACCGAGGCUUUUCCAGACAGACGAUGCGGCAGCUGCCAGCCGCGUCACAGGGAGCUAACGUGAAUGACCAGCGGUGAGCUGCAGUAGCUUCCUGUGGGUCUGGAUAUCGAGCCCCUUCUUCCCGAGAUACCACCUCCUAAACACACGUCGUGUGGUCUCAUGUUAAACCCGCUUCAUCCAACUGUCGUUACGUUUUAAUUCUCCCUUGAUAGAUGAUGAUGUUGUUAACCGAGCUACCGCGACUGACAACUUCUGCUAACUAGCUAGCUAGCUUCCUUCGUGGCUAGCUGGCCAUUUCAUCAAAGCAACGUUGUGUCGGUUGCGCUGUCACUUAUCCAAAAACAAUGUACAUGUAUAAGCCCUCCGCUAACCAGCUGUCCACUCGAGCUUUAUGAAGCGACGUCCAGUCGAAGCUACAGUGGUGAGGGAGCUAGCCCCCUGUUAGUCUAGGUUAGCUAAACAAAGACCUCAGCUUUUGGAUGACCGUUUUUUUUUUUUUUUAGACCGGCCUGUUUCCGCUCCCGACAGUGGACGUUUAAACGCGUACAGAACGACUUAGCGACUAAUUAAAGUUAUGUUUGACGAGCCAACAGGCCUCUACAACUGGAGCUGUGUCGCUUUUCCUCACUCACCAUUUCUUGCGGUUGGUUGCGCACAGUGUGGGGAGAAAAACGCCUCCACCGCACAGCGACAACUGUGAGCUCACAGCCGCUUCAGACUGCCACGCCUGCAGGUGGAGAAUCUACAGACAGAGUGUGUUUGUGUCUGGCUCUGAAGCUGCCCACACAGCUCUGAAAGGAAUGCACUUCUACAGCCACCUCCAGGCCGAGGACGGUCACUUGGCCGGGGACUACGGCGGACCUCUCUUCCAUGCUCCCAGAAGGAUUGGAGGGAAAGUGGCCAACUCCAGCUGCAGCUCUAUUCUCCUGGACUCCGACAGUGAAGGAGAGAACAGAAAGGUGUCUGCCUGAUGAUGACCACCGACGGGAAGAGAUGAGUCGUCAAGAGGCCGAGCUCUCCUCUCGGCUCCAUCCCUCCUGGAGGAUGAGCCGACCAGCAGCCCAGGGCGUUGGACACUCAGAUGCCCAUGACCUAGCCUAUCGUACAGAUCUGCUGGAAACGGACAGCAAACAGCCUUCAGAUGUGCUGGAUUCCCUGGACUUGACCAUGGACGAGAACAAGGAGAACCAGACUCUAGAGAGCGUGCAGCAGCAAUGUGAAAGCAGUCCAGUCUGGACCAGGAGAGAAGAACAAGAGCUACCACAGGUUCAGAGCCUCCAGGAGCAUGUAAGAUCACAUGACAUCUGGAGGGCUGUCCUUUAAGACUGGAAGUGUAGUAGUCUUUUACCUUUUCAGGCACCUUAACAGCACACUUGGGCCAUUCCGACAUCACGUAGUGUUGAACCAUGUGCAGUUCUGCGCCCUGUAAGGUCUGCUGUUUGACCAUGUUGAGCUUGGUCGGUGAAAUGAGCCUCAACUCGUUGAUUGCUUUCUCAUAGGCUUCUAUUUCAUUGGUCGGCUCUGCGAUUUCCUGUAUAACAGUAGUCUGGGGAUGUCUAGACCAGCGGUUCUC